AUGUCAUCAGACGCUUUCUUUGACGCUGUCAAGUCCCGCCGCACCUACUACGCUCUCUCGAGCGAGUCUCCAAUUCCCGACUCCAAGAUCCACGAACUUGUCAAUGCAGCCGUCACGCACGUGCCCAGCUCUUUCAACUCGCAGUCCACCCGUGUGGUUGUCCUGCUGAACGAGGAGCACAAGAAACUGUGGGGGGAUAUUGUUAUCCCCGUCGUCAAGUCGGUCGCUCCAGCCGAGGCGUGGCCUGCUUCGGAAAAGAAGCUCGAGGGCUUCAAGGCCGGCUAUGGCACCAUUCUGUUCUACGAGGAGCCCAAGGAUGUCGCCAAGCUGCAGGAAUCCUUCCCCCUCUAUGCCGACAAGUUCCCUCAAUGGAGUGAGCAUACGAAUGCCAUGCAUCAAUAUGUUUUGUGGACAGCUUUGGAGAAGGAAGGCUUUGGCGCAAACCUGCAGCACUAUAACCCCCUGAUUGACGAAAAGAUUGCGGCGACCUGGAACGUGCCCAACAACUGGAGCUUGAAAGCACAGCUGGUCUUUGGCAAACCCGCUGCCGAACCCUACCCCAAGACUUUCAAGCCGCUCGAGGAACGAGUGUUUGUCCACGGAGCCAAGUAA